GAUUACCAGUCGCUAUCAGACUUGCUGGCACCUGAUGAAGCAGACUCCUUCAGCGCUGGCCAGGCUUCAAGCUACGGGUCGUAUCAUGUAGUAAGUAGUAGGUAUAAAUGGUGGUGAGCAAGAAAAGCGUCUGGCUGAUAACAUGCGGCCUGGCGUUCAUCGGGGUCGGCGUGCUGCUCGGCGCGACGUGGCCGCGGAUAUUCCACGCGAAGAUUCAACAAAUGAUGAUCCUCAAGAACGGCUCCACGUCAUUCGACAUCUGGAAGGCGCUGCCCAUCCCCAUAUACAUGGAAUGUUUCCUGUUCAACAUCACCAACGUGGACGACAUCCUGGCGGGCAGGGACGUGCAGGUGGAAGUCAAGGAGAUGGGGCCUUAUGUGUUCCGAGAAAUCAAUCGGAAGGUGAACAUAACUUGGAACCACAACAGCACGGUGACGUUCAGGAAUCAGCGCUUCUGGUACUUCCAGCCGGAGAAGUCGAGUGGACACCUCUCUGAUAACAUCACCACAAUAAACCCUAUUAUUGCGACGAUCGCAUAUACGCUCCGCAAUGAUCGUAUGAUGCUCAAGAUCUUCGUGGAUAUGGUGCUAAGGAUGCAUCACACCAACAUGUUCGUGACAGCCAACGCCUCCUCGUGGCUGUUCGAUGGAGUCCGAGACCCGGUACUGGAUCUCGUGGGCAAGAUACCUGCUCUGCCCUAUACCAUACCUUUUGACAGAUUCGGAUGGUUUUAUAAGAGAAAUGGCUCAAUAGAUGCCGACGGUCUCUUCAACAUCAACACUGGUAGCUCUGACUUCAGCAAGUUGGGCAAGAUGGAGCGAUGGCAGAACUCCAACAGGUCCAUCUAUCGGAACCAAUGUGGCCACAUCCAGGGCUCAGCGGGAGAGCUAUGGCACUUGGAGACGGACCAGCAGGAGAUCAGCAUCUUCGCUGCUGAUCUUUGCACGCAUAUGACACUACCCUAUUCGGGGAAAGUUGUGAAACACGGCAUAGAGGGAGUCGAGUUCACAGCCAAUGAUUCCCUCUUCGACAAUGGACAUAAAUAUCCUAAUCAGGCAUGCUAUUGUGACGAAGUUCGAGGGAAAGAUUGCAUGCCAGCGGGUGCAUUCAACGUAUCCGCAUGCAAAUACGGCGCGCCCGCGUUCGUCACUCUGCCGCACAUGCUGGGCAUGGACCCGUACUACCCCAGCAAGAUCAAAGGCCUCAGACCAGUCGAGAGGCACAAGUUCCGGAUGUCGAUUGAACCUGUGACCGGCAUGCCGCUCGCCAUCUCCGCUCAGCUGCAGGCCAACGCUCUCGUCAGGCACAUACCUGGCAUAAGUCUCAACAACCAGCUGCCGGACCCCGACACGCUGCUGCCGAUGUUCUGGUUCCGCGAGGACAUCGAGGUGGACGGCGAGUACGUCGACUUCGCCAAGGCGGCGCUCGGCGUGCGAUACGGCCUGCCGUACGGACUUUAUGCUUUUGUUAUAAUUGGCCUUGCUCUCAUCGUGAGCGGAGUGUACAAAAUUCGAAGAUUCUCCAUUAUGAUGCCAGUCAAGCAGGCCGAUAUUGAUGCGUCCAAGAAGUUUUUGGGAACCCAAGCAAGAUAAUAUUAAUUAUUAUUUGUUAAGACGCAUUUUCUACUGUACAGCAUAUCAUAAGAUGGAGCACGCUUGCCUGUUCUUUCUUGACUUGAAGGGUCUAUCAAUCAAUCAAUCAGCCUUUUUGCGUCCCCUGCUAGACAUAGGCCUUCCUAAG